AAUGUCUGUUUCACGAGCUCAAAUUCGAGCCGCUGAGGCAUAUUGUAAAAGACAAAGAGGGAAUGUCAACGUAAAAAAAAUAAACAGAGAAAGAAAAAAAACCGAUACUAAGUCAAAAGUUUUUCCUUCCGACGGAUUUCAAACAACUGAUUUCGCACUAAAUAGAUCAUUUAAUUCAAGAAAACAGAGUCUUUAUAGACCAUGGAGCCCUUCAGAUUAUCUGUCGCAGACUUCAACUUCUGAUGGUGAUGAUGACUCUGAUUCCGAAAAAACACGCGAAGAACCUUCGAAAGUUCUCUAUUGUAGAAUGUGCGCACACUUGAAAAUUCCACCAGCUAAGAUAUUCUUUAGGAAUUUGACGAAAAAUCAGAUUUCUGUUUCUUAUCGCAUUCUUGGACCAGAGGGGGCGAAGGCUUGUGCUGCUGCCUUAUCGGAAAAUGCUCACGUUGAAACAUUUGAUAUGACGGGAAAUGAGAUUGGAAAUAGAGGGGCACGUUACAUGGCAGAAAUGCUUCAUGAAAAUGUUUAUCUAACUUCAUUAAUAUUGGCAGAAAAUGGCAUUUCGGGAGAAGGCUUAAAUCUAUUAUCUCAAGUUUUACCAUUAAACAAAACCCUGAAGUCGUUUGACAUCUCUGGAAACGAUUUAACGGAGAAAGACUCAACUGCAAUUGCUCAUAUUAUCAAAUUUAGUACAACGUUAAAAGAGUUAAAGGUAUCGCAUAAUGUAUUCGCUGAAAAAGGUGGUAUAGAACUUGGUCCAGCUAUAGCCGACAGCGAAAGCGUUCAACACUUGGAUUUAAGUUGGAAUCAUCUGCGAUUGAAAGGAGCUAUUGCUGUAGCAGACGGGAUUAAGAAAAGCGUAACACUUUUGUCAGUAAAUAUUAGCUGGAAUGGCUUCUAUCUACCUGGUUCUAGAGCCCUUUGUCGAAUGUUGGAAGAGAAUGAAGUAUUACAGGAAUUAGAUAUAUCAAGUAAUCGGUUGAAUAGAGAAUGUAUUGAAGUUAUUUGCAACGGUUUAAAAAAGAACAAAACUCUCAAAGUAUUAAAGAUUAAUUCUAAUCCCAUGACUGGUGACGGAGCUAUUCACCUUAUUCAAACCAUUCAAAACAACCCGCAAAUAGCAAUUAGAGAGUUAGAUUUAUCUGGCCAAACUGUUGAUAAACUAUUUUUAAAUACUGUUAUUGAAGCGGAAAAGGCAAGAGGGGAAUUAAUUGUACGUCACGGCGUUGUGUUUGGACACACUGAUACAAGUCAGGAAGCUACUGAAUUUGUCAACGAUGAUCCAAUGAUGGUGUUGAUGGAAUACACGAGGCAGAUGAAUAUGCGCUUGGUUGAUUUAUUUACAUCGUUAGACGCCGACGGAAGUGCUUCUCUUACUAGACAAGAGUUUAGAGAUGGUUUAUUGAGCGUAAAUAUACCGUUAAGUUCAAGGUGUCUUGAUAGGCUAAUUAACAAACUCGAUAUGGACGGAGACGGUGAAGUUGAUUUUAGUGAAUUAAUGGUGGGUCAGAAGGAUCAUCGGCGUAAGAUUGCUCAAAUACAAAGCGACCCAGACGGAUCGGGUAACGACGAACUAAGAAAAAUAGCGGAAAAAAUAACGAAACUUUUAGAGCAAAGGAAAAAAAUUUGGUCUAUGGAAAGAGAAAAAGCUAAAAGAAGGAAAGAAGAGGAGAAAUUGAAGAAAAUCGCAAACAUGACUAUGAUGGCAAACGUAUUAAAAAAGGGAAAGUCUAAAUCGAAGAAAUGUAGCAUGUAUAUGAUUGGCAACUGUAACACGAAAAGGGCAAGUAAUUUUGUAAAAAAGUCUCUAUAUAUUGGCGUUCUCUCUACUGCAAAUUUUCUGGAUACAAGAGCUAAAGCAUGCCAAAAAACUUGGGGUAGUACGAAAGGAGCCACAGUUAAAUUUUACGCCCAAAGUGAUCAUCACGACGAAAGUAUUGUUAAAUUGUCAUCUGAUAUUGACGACUCAGUUUAUCCACCACAAAAGAAAUCAUUUAGAAUGCUACAACAUAUGUGUCGAUUAUCAGAUUCGUAUGAAUGGUUUAUGAGAGCCGAUGAUGAUUCUUAUAUAAAAAUUGAGCAAUUAAUUAAAUUCUUAAAUGGCAUUGACUCCAAUCAGCUACACUAUAUUGGUCAAGCUGGUUUUGGACGGAUGGAUGAAAAAUUGGGCCUAGGAACAUCUAUCUAUUGUAUGGGGGGUCCAGGUGUAAUAUUUAGUAGUGUUCUACUACAAAAAGUUUGUCCUCAUAUUGAAAGCUGCUUAGGAAAUAUUACAAGUAAGCACGAGGAUACAGAAAUAGGUAGAUGUAUCAAUAGACAUAUCGGUAUUAACUGUACAUCAGCCUAUGAUUUGAGACAACUGUUUUAUUUUCAUUACGCCGAAAGGAGUGGAUCGUUUAGCGGCCCUUUAGAUGGCUUAGUGGCGUCUAUAAUGAAAAAUGCAAUUACUCUACAUCCAAUCAAGCGUAAAGAAUAUUUCUACAGAUUUCAUUUUCGUCUACUUGGAAUUAAAGCAAUAGACUUAAGGGCAAAGAUACAGAAAUUAAAAACGAAUUUUAAGAAUACAAAAACAUCGAAACAGUCGGUAAACACUUGGUUUUCUUUGGAAUAUAAUACCAUUGUUACGCAUCAGCAAAUAGUGCCAAAAAAAAGGCUACCGGAACCCUGGAGAGCCUUUUUCAAAAACAUCUACGGAAACAUAUUCGUCAAUCUCAAAACUGAGCUAUUAAAUUUAACAGUUGAUAUCUCAAAGUUUAAUGAUAAACAAACAAAAGCCUAUUAUACUUAUAAUCCCAUUUCUGGAAUAACCUGCCAUUUUGCGUUACACUUUGAAUCUAGAAACAAAUUGAAUAGAAAACGAAGGCUCCUUGUUGAGCAGAAAUUCACUUUACCUGAAAUUAGGAUAAUUGAAAAUAAACCCACAACAAAAAAUAAAACACGUAAUCAUUUUAUUUGGCCUGUGUUUUCACCCUCAACUUUACAAUCUAAAAAGCCUAACCGAUAUAUCCAAUUGGUAAUUUCGCUAAGCAAUCGUUAUUCGACUUUUAAAAGAUUUAUAGAAUGUUUAUCAAGAGUUGUCUUUCCUUCAAAGAAAUUCCACGCCAACUUAUUCGUUGCACUCGCUGCAAAUAAUACAGAGGAUACCAAUGAAAAAAUCAUUGAACUCAUUAAAAAAACUCAAAAUCUCUUUCCAAAUAGAGAAAUUAAAUAUACUAUUAUAGAUAAACCUUUCUCUAGAGGAUAUUUUCUUCAAAAGGCAGCAGAUUAUUUCCCAGACACGACUCUUUUGGGCGUUUUCGAUGUUGACUUAGUCAUUACAGAGGGAGUUAUAAGAAGAUUAAUCGACAAUACUAUUGCUGGAAAACAAGUUUAUUUUCCCAUAUUUUUCUCUCAUUUUAAUCCUAAUGUCACAGGUAACAAGUCUUUUGAAAAUGAAAAUAUUCACGAUAGUCAAGGAACGUGGAGGUCAACAAGUUACGGAGUUGUUGGAAUUUAUGCGGGAGAUUUACGAAAAAUAGGAGGUUUUAAUAUAAAAAUAAACGGGUGGGGAACAGAGGAUAUUGAUUUUGCCGAAAAAGUUAUUGGACAUAAUUUAACAGUGUUUCGCAGUAUAGACAAAAAUAUGAUACAUCUUUAUCACCCAAUUCGCUGUCUAGUCAACAACGCUAUUCAAGAGAAUAUGUGUACUGGUAUUAGAUCUGUAAUUUCAGGGUCUCAAAAUUAUUUGGUAAGUCUGCUAACAGAUAAACGUCACAAGAAAAUAUAUAAUAGAUCGCCAUUAUACAUAAAAAAAAAAAAAAAAAGAGGAUAG